AUGUCCAAACCACCCACACUACUCACCCUCCCCGUAGAGAUCCGACACAAAAUCCUCCACCAUGCUCUUUGUAACCAUAGACUUGUCCGAGCCUCCAACCGAAUCAGCGGAUCCAAGCUCCUUGGCGUCGAGGGUCCCGACGGACAAAUGCUUCCCCCGGAUAAACGCGAAUACUUCUACGGCACCGAACUCAUGAGCUCCAUGUUUGUCGUUUGUCGUCUCAUGCAUGCUGAGCUUGAAGAAAUUAUGUUUACACGCUUUGUUUUUCACGUGCGUUUAUCUUCCGCGCGCGAAUUCGUGGAUACGAUUAGUCCCUACGCGCGUACGUUGAUACGGGAAAUGGAUGUGGUUGUUACUUUUGAUCUUAGUCGUGAUGAGAUUCCGACACAGGAGGGUAUGAGUUAUUUGAACGAAAAGCUUCCGCUGUUGAGAAAAGUGGAUGUGACGGUUGAAUUUGUGAGGGCUCCAUUUCGUGGUCGUUUAGAGAAGAGCAGGAUCAACGCAUUUGCAGAUGGGGUUGUGGAGUUUGUUAUGGGUUUUGCGGAGGGUAUGAAGGUUGUGGUUACUUGGAGUGAUUUUUGGUUGUGUAAGAAGCAGAUCAUGGAUCUGUGUAGUGAUAAGAUGGAAGAGCUGGUGGUAAGUUCGAAAAGGGAGGGAGUUGAUUAUGAUGUAAAAGUUUUGAAACUUCCAGAGACUAGAUAA